AAAUUUAAUUAACAAAAUUACUUGUAUUUUAAGAAUGUGUUUUUAAUUGUAUUUAUAAAAAGGAAUGAAAGAUACUUAGAGUAAGAAUUGAGAAUAAUAAUAAUAAUAAUAUUAAUUUGUUGUCACCAUCAAUAAUUAUUUAAAUAAAUAAAUUGAUGCAUUAUGUUUGGAUAUUAAGGUGGUAAAAUUAUAUUCAAAUUUGGACAGAUUUCAACAAUUUUUCGUUAUGAAAUUGUAAUUGCAUGAGCUCAGCUGCAUGCAUGACAUAUAUAAUUAUGAAUUUGUUUCUUUCGAAACAAAGUGAAAAUAUAAUUAUACAAAUUUAUUACUUUAAAUGCAUGCGAUUUUUAAUUAUUAUUAUUAUUAUUAUUUUUUUUUUUAAAAUUAUUGGUAUGAGAAAAUAAUUAAAUUACAAUUGCAACGUAAAAGAAAAUGAACAGAACAAAAAGAGAGAAGAAAGCAAUCUGAGAGAGAGAGAGAGAUACUGAGAAAGUGUCACAUGGUGGAGUCCUACUCAGACUUUUAGGGUUCCUUCUCCAACCUCUGAAUUCCCUUUUCUUUUUCUCACUUGGGUUCUCCACAUUCUCCAUGAAAGCUCCCAUUUUCUUCUCCUCAAGCUUUUCUUAGUGCAUUCUUGUAAUAUGAACAAGGUGGCAUAGCAUCAUCAUCAUCAUACAUUGAAGUGUUUGUACGUGAAUCCUUAGUUGAAGUGAUAGCCAUGGAGGAAGAUGAUAAAGUUAGAAGGCUUAACAUUGUUGUGGUUUUUUUGUGUCUUUUGAUGAGGCUAUGUUAUGGUGUGACAGACCCCAAUGAUGUUAAGGUGUUAAGUGAUUUUAGAGAAGGUUUAGACAAUGCUGAGCUUCUCAAAUGGCCAACUGAUGAGGAUGAUGAUGACCCUUGUGGUCCUCCUUCAUGGCCUCAUGUGUUCUGUGUUGGGGACAGAGUUUCUCAGAUUCAAGUUCAGAAUCUUGGUCUUCAGGGAACUCUGCCCAAGAAUUUUAACCAACUCUCAAAACUAUCUAAUUUAGGCCUCCAAGGAAACAAGUUCAGAGGAGAAUUGCCUAGUUUUAGUGGCUUAUCUGAAUUGGAAUUUGCUUACUUAGACAACAAUGAAUUUGAUACAAUCCCAUUUGAUUUCUUUUCUGGUCUUACCAAUAUAAGAGUCUUGGCUUUGGAUCACAAUCCUUUUAAUGCCACUACUGGAUGGUCUCUUCCUGGUGAUUUGGCAGAAUCAGUUCAAUUAAAUAAUCUUUCUUUAGUUGGUUGUAAUUUGGUGGGUUCAGUUCCAGAAUUUCUAGCAACAUUGCCUUCUCUUAUGGUGCUUAAACUCUCAUACAACAGAUUGUCUGGUGAAAUUCCCAUGAAUUUUGGAAUGACUUUGAUGCAGAUUUUGUGGUUGAAUGAUCAAGAUGGUGAGGGAAUGACUGGUUCAAUCAAUGUAAUAGGGUCAAUGACUUUGUUGACACAAGUUUGGCUACAUGGAAAUCAAUUCACAGGAAUCAUUCCUGAGAAUAUUGGUGAUCUUUCUUCACUCAGGGAUCUCAACCUCAAUGGAAACAGACUUGUUGGAAUAAUCCCUCAAAGCUUGACCAAAAUGGAGCUCAACAGAUUAGACUUGAGCAAUAACUUGUUUGUUGGUCCAAUACCGAAGUUCAUGUCUGGUAAUGUUUCAUAUGCUUCCAAUUUCUUUUGUCAAUCUGAGCCUGAUCUUGAAUGUGCACCAGAAGUUAAUGCACUUCUAGACUUUCUUCAUCAUGUAAAUUACCCCGAAAUGCUUGUCUCUGAGUGGUCUGGUAAUGAUCCUUGUGUUGGUCCAUGGAUCGGUUUGAGUUGCAAUCAAGACUCCAAAGUUUCUAUUCUGAAUUUGCCUGGACAUAAGCUGAAUGGCACUCUUAGUCCUUCACUUGCCAACUUAACUUCUCUGCUUGAAAUUCGCCUUUCGGGAAACCAUUUAAAUGGCACCAUUCCUGAGAAUUUAACUGAAUUAGAGCAUUUGAGACUCUUGGAUUUAACUGGCAACAAUCUUGAGCCUCCAAUUCCUAAAUUUCGGGGUAGUUUGAACCUCAUCAUAGAUGGAAAUUCUUUGUUAUUGCUUGGAAACCAGACAACUUCACCUGCUGCCAUACCAGUGGGAAGUCCAUUGCCUGGACCAUCAUCAACACCUCCCUCUCCAUCUCCAUCAAGUGACUCAUUAUCACACUCUCCAACAUCUUAUACUCCACCAUCCCCAGCUUCUGUUUCUGAUGAAGUAGAGUCUCAACCGAAACAAUCAAAAAGUUCGAAACAAGUUACAACUGUGGCUGGAAUUUCUGGUGCUGCUACUUUUGUUGCUUUUGUGACACUUUUUCUGUCUAUAUACUGUUUUAGGAAAAGGAAAGGAAGCUUAGAGGCUCCUAAUUCAAUUGUGAUUCAUCCAAGAGAUCAAUCUGAUCCAGACAACAUGGUUAAGAUAGCAGUUUCACAUAACACUACAGGAAGCUUAUUCACUCCAACAGCAUCUAGUUCAAUCAGCAGCAGUGGCACUGAGUCAAGACACAUUGAGGCUGGAAAUCUCCUUAUAUCUGUUCAAGUUCUUCGAAAGGCGACUAAGGAUUUUGCGCCUGAGAAUGAGCUCGGUCGUGGUGGAUUUGGAACUGUUUACAAAGGUGAACUUGAAGAUGGAACAAGAAUAGCUGUUAAGAGAAUGGAAGGUGGAUUAAGUAGUAACAAAGUACAUGAAGAAUUUGAUGCUGAAAUAGCUGUUUUAUCCAAGGUUAGACAUAGGCAUUUGGUUUCUCUCUUGGGUUACACCAUUGAAGGAACUGAGAGGCUUCUUGUUUAUGAUUAUAUGCCUCAAGGAGCCCUUAGUAGACAUCUUUUCCAUUGGAGAAGCUUAUGUUUGGAACCUAUAUCUUGGAAAAGAAGACUCAUAAUUGCACUUGAUGUUGCUAGAGGAAUGGAGUAUCUACAUGGUUUAACUCACCAAACUUUCAUACACCGUGAUCUUAAGUCUUCUAACAUUCUUUUGGGAGAUGAUUUUCGGGCCAAGGUUUCGGAUUUUGGAUUGGUUAAACUUGCUCCUAAUGGGAAAAAUUCUGUUGCAACUAAACUGGCUGGGACAUUUGGAUAUCUUGCACCUGAGUAUGCAGUUAUGGGAAAGAUCACUACAAAAGCUGAUGUAUUCAGCUUUGGAGUAGUGUUGAUGGAGCUUAUAACUGGCUUAACAGCACUAGACGAAGGGCGGUCAGAGGAGAGCCGGUACUUAGCCAAUUGGUUUUGGCAAAUAAAGUCAAGCAAGGAGAAGCUCAUGGCUGCUGUUGAUUCAUCUCUUAAUAAUGCAGAUGAAGAAAGCAUCACCAAAGUAGCUGAGCUAGCCGGACACUGCACCGCGAGGGAACCAAACCAUCGGCCUGACAUGGGCCAUGUUGUGAAUGUGCUCUCACCAUUGGUUGAGAAGUGGAAACCAGUUUAUGAUGAAUUAGAUACUUGCUCUGGCAUUGAUUAUAGGCUACCACUUCCUCAACUUCUUAAGGCUUGGCAAGAAAUAGAAAGCAAUGAGGGUAGUAUUAGUAAUAGCUAUUGCUACAACAAUAACAAUCUCAAUGACAGCAAAGGGAGCAUUCCAGCUAGGCCAAUGGGAUUUGCAGACUCAUUGAGAUCAACUGAUGCUAGAUGAGUUUUAAAAUGAUGGUAAGAAAUGUUCCAUCAAUGGCCUUUGCUUUCUAGGCCAUGAUAGUGUUAAUGAAAAAUAUUGAAUUUUGGUUCCCACAUACAGAGAGAUUAUGGUGCUCAAAAGGCUAUUGUGGAUGUGGUUUUGGACUUUUCUUUAUAUUUCAAAUUGUUUGAGACAACAUUGUUAGAUGGGAGAGACUAUCAAUAUUGAGAUGUGUCAUUAAUAUUGUGUGUUACCCGUUGUAAAAUUCUGAAUAUCACAAGUGAAAUUUACACUUGUAAUUCGUGAGUUGCGUAUAUACAAAUUUUAAGAAUGAAUAGGAUUAUUUUUAGACUAUA